AUGACAAAGACUGUCAUCUGUUUCACAAGGCGGAGUAGAAAGCCACUUUCUAUCCUACCAUCACCACGCACAUCAAGUUGUCGAAGUACCCACAGCCUGGCUUCAGCAGCAGUACGUUUUCCAAGUAAUAUCAACUGCCACACAACUCAGACGCCAAAACUUUCAAGCGUCAACCCAUGUCACGACUCUUUCAGUCAUAUCCGACAAUGUUCAUUGACGAAGAAAGAAAUUAGCAGAUCCUUGGCUUCCUCUGCUGCUUUUGACGGUGAGGGGCAAUCUGAACGAACAGUCGAAAUCAGCAAAAAUGGUAAACUGAUAUCAAUAUCACAUGAUCAUAUCAUUGUUGAUGGUACAUUCCAUGCAGCUUGGCUUUGGGUGAACGAUCCCACAUAUUGCCACCCAUCCUCUGGACAAAGGCUUCGCUCAUUGGGAGAUUUGGAUGUCAAUACAUGCACCAUUGCCUCGGCUAAAAUUGCAUUGAUUUCAGAUGUCGAAUGCGAUUUUCCGCCGUCUCCACCAGGAUCCUUGCAUCCAAAGGGUCUCGUUUCUCAGGCCGUUCAGCAAGAAGAAAGCAAAGAGAGACUGAAGGUUGUUUGGGAAUCAGGUGAAAUAUCAUACUACGAUGUUGACUGGUUAGCUCGAUUCGCUUCUCCGAACAAUAAUAGCUCCAGUCGAAGAGUUACAAAGGAUGUCGCUAUUGGGGCGAUGCACGACGACACUGCUGGAGUUUCCAUUCCAAAGUUUGACUAUGAAGAAGUUAUGACCACCGACGACGCAUCCAGCUCGAUGGUUUGUAACGUACUAGGAAAUAUAAUGGAGCAUGGAGCUGUCUUGAUACAGAAUGCUCCAGCAGUUACCGAGGAUACACUUGCUAAAUCUCAAAACGAGGACCCCAAUGAAGCAAUUGUGGCCAACUUGGGACGGCGUAUUUGCAACAGCCGCCUUUCUCAUGGCUCCUUAUAUGGCGAUGUCUUUCACGUCAAAUCAAUGCCCGGUGCACACAACAUUGCUUACACUUCGCAAGCCUUGCCCCCGCAUCAAGACUUGACCUAUUAUGAAUCCAAGCCAUUCUUGCAACUGUUGCAUUGCAUCCAAAAUGCACCAUUGCACGAGGGAGACGACAAUACAGGACGAGGAGAAUCAAUCUUGAUUGACGCAAUGGCGGCAGCGGAGGAAUUGAGAAGGUUGGCACCUGAUUUAUUCGAGAUACUGUGUUCGGUGGAAGCAACGUUUUGCAAGCAAAGAGAAGGUGCUGAUAUGGUCAGUGCCAAACCUCAUAUCGUGGUGUCUUCAUAUGACCAGUCAAUCAUUGAGAUCAAUUGGUCACCACCAUUUGAAGGACCAUUGCUAUUGCCACCAACCAUGGGUUUUAAGGAACAAGAACGGCUGAUGGAUGAUUACACGAUGGCGUAUCAGGCAAUGGAGUGCCUAAUCGACAGUCACGCAUCGUCAGGUAGCAUGCUUCCACAGUCACUGGAACGAGAGCUGAACAGCUAUGCCCAGCGUUACACUUGGGAAUAUGCUCUGAACGAAGGGGAAAUCCUGGUAUUCAAUAAUCAGAGAAUGUUGCAUGGGCGACGAUCCUUUUCUCUGCUGCAUGAUUCCAAAAAGCAACGGCAUUUGAUAGGUUGCUAUACUGACGCAAUGGAUACUCUUAAUCGCUUCCGAGUUCUCCUGCGGCAGCACAAGAAGCAUAGCAGAAGUAUCCUGACAAGAACUGACGGCGAACUUCUGAAGAGGGAGUAUCCGGGCAGGAAUCAAGGCAACGGGACCAUAGCGAUACUUUUGGAGUAG